AUGGCUCUUCUUCGACGUCUUACUCAUCAUUAUGUUGAAAUAGAAAAAGAUUCUCCUCCAUUAUGUUAUGCAAAACCUGAAGAUCCAAGUAAAGAUAUGAUUAAUUGGUUUGGUUGGAUUGACGGACCAAAAGAUACUCCACAUACUAAUGGAAGAUUUUAUUUAUCACUUAAAUUUCCUUCAGAUUUUCCAUUUAAACCACCUGAAAUUAAAUUUGUAACACAAAUUUAUCAUCCAAAUAUUAGUAUAAAAGGUGAAAUUUGUUUUGAUAUUCUUCAUUCUCAAUGGUCUCCUGUAUUAACUAUUUGGAAUCUUCUUAUAUCAUUAUGUUCAUUAUUAUCUGAUCCAAAUCCUGAACAUGGAAUUAAUAAAGAAGCUCUCGAACUCUACAUAGCAGAUAAAAAUAAAUAUGAACAAAUAGCAAAACAAUGGCCAACAAUAUAUGCUAUUCAAGAUAAAUAUUAA